AUGGCCACUGGCUCAUCAUCGCCCUACCUCAACCACCUGUCCCACCACGACCAGCACAUAAUGCAAGUCGCAACUCAGUCCAUGUCCUACGGGCGCGAACCGCCUGAACUCAAAUACAUGCCCCACCAUAACCAGAGCCCCAACGGGCACGCGCUCAGCGCCCACCACCAGUGGGCCGUCGGGCUUCCCUCGCACGCCACCGACAACAUGAGCCCCUGGACGCCCACCGGCAUCCACAGUCUCCACCAUCAGGACAUCAAACCGAACGGCCCGUCGAGCGCCGACCUCCACGCCUCGAUACACGCCCACCACCGCCAGUCCCAACACAUGGCGUCGUCGCACCCGUGGCACCCGUCGUCACUGCACGCCUCCUCAGCCCAUAUGACGGCAAUGACGCCCCACAGCAACGGCUCGUCGCCCCUCCAACACCACGGCUACGGCAUGAAUGGUAUGUUAGCCCACUCGGGACCGGGCAAUGGUCCCUCACAAGUCCUGCACCCAGCCAUGAGAGGCGACCUCAGCGUCCACAACGACUUGUCCCGACUGGACAGCCGACUGGACGACAUCAGGUCGGGCUCUGUGGGCCUACACCCCGAUCACAGGCACUCGGAGAGUGCGGGCGAGGAGGAGACCCCGAGUUCGGACGACUUGGAACAGUUCGCCAAACAAUUCAAACAGAGAAGAAUCAAAUUAGGCUUCACUCAGGCGGAUGUGGGCCUGGCGUUAGGGACUCUAUACGGCAAUGUGUUCUCUCAGACCACGAUCUGUCGCUUCGAAGCGUUACAAUUAAGUUUCAAAAACAUGUGUAAACUCAAGCCAUUACUCGCCAAAUGGUUAGAGGAGGCCGACUCGACCACCGGCUCGCCCACCAGUAUAGACAAGAUCGCAGCCCAGGGACGCAAACGCAAGAAGCGCACCUCCAUCGAGGUGUCCGUGAAGGGGGCCCUCGAAACCCAUUUCCACAAACAACCCAAACCCUCGGCACAAGAGAUCACGGCUCUGGCAGAGCACCUGCAGCUCGAGAAGGAGGUGGUGAGGGUCUGGUUCUGCAAUAGACGGCAAAAGGAGAAACGGAUGACACCUCCGACCGGUGCAAUGGACGGCUCGAUGAUGAUGAGCCCACACGACAGCAGUGGCCAUCACACCAGUCCUCUACAUCAUCCACACUCACACAGCCCUCCCUAUUCACCACAACCUCAUUAUUGA